AUGGGAACCACUUCAGGACCACAGUUCCUAUCGGAGGAUGGAUUACCAUAUGGUAUGCCAAGUGGAGCAAGCCCCACGCUGCACCCUAGCACCCCCUUCGGUAAUCCUCCGGUGCUUCAGACCACGGUCGAAGUGGAGCUUCUGGCUCAAAUGACUUCCCUUCGGAGGGAAAUGGCUAAGCUCCAAGAACAUAACAGUCUCCUCUCGUCCAAAACCCUCGGUCUGCAGAAGAAAGGAAAGAAGGGGGCAAAGGCAACGCCUGCACCUUCCAAACAGUUGGUGGUCCCAGCUCCACAGGACCAGCCUCAAGUGCCGAAGAAAGUGUACACCGAUUGUCGUCAUCGGAUCAACGACAAGAAGGAUGCCAAACGGCAUAGGUCCCCAAUCAGGGUUAAUGCUCGCCUGCGGGACUCAAAGAUGAAGCGGGAAUUUGUAGAUUUGUUGUCCGAGCUCCGAUUAGGACGCAAAAUACCAUUUCGGAAAGGGAACGACGCCACGAGUCAAACUCAUCACUUUGCCGGGAUUUUUAAUGUAAUAACUCCCCUAGCAGCUCAAGGGUUGAGAGAUGUGUAUUUAGUCAGAGUUGGUGAACACAAAUCGCCCCUUAGGAAGGUCCAGGGUUUGGAUUUGGAGUUGGGAUCUGACGAUGAGUACGUCCCCUCCAAGGGCACCGAAUCAAACUACCGUUCGGAAUCUCCCCCGGAGUAUUCGAAGGCAAGACCGCCAAGUCUGAGGAGAACUUCCGAAUACUUCAGUUCCGAGGAGGUCCCAAGCCAAGACCCCGCUAUCUGUCUGGUCUUCCAGAGAAUCCAGAAGAUGGAAGAUGACUGA